GAGGCGGCGAGAGCCGGAGCGGCGGGCCGGGCGGCCGCGCCGGCGAGCGGACGAGCAAGCGGCGAGCAGCGCGGAGCGCGCGGGGCACCGAGGAGCGGGCGCGGCGGGCGCAGCGCGCGGCGGUCGGAGCAGAGAGGCCGGAGCGGCGCCGCCCCCGCCGCCCCUGCGGGGCCCCGGCCGGGAGCCCGACGAGGGAGGGGGCGGCAUGGCCCGGCGGCCCGGGACGCGGGGGCGUUAGGCCCCCGGAGGGGCGCCCCCCGCCUCGCCGCCGCCGUCCUCCGCAGCCGCGCGCCCCGCCCGCUCCAGCCGCUCCGGGGGCCACCGGCGGCCCAUGAGCCCCGGCCUCAAAGUUUGCGGCGGGCGGGCGGGCGCGGAGCCUCCAAGAUGCCGUUCCACCCGGUGACGGCGGCGUUGAUGUACCGGGGCAUCUACACCGUGCCCAACCUGCUGUCGGAGCAGCGCCCCGUGGACAUCCCUGAGGACGAGCUGGAGGAGAUCCGCGAGGCCUUCAAGGUGUUUGACCGUGAUGGCAACGGCUUCAUCUCCAAGCAGGAGCUGGGUACGGCCAUGCGCUCCCUGGGCUACAUGCCCAACGAGGUGGAGCUGGAGGUUAUCAUCCAGCGGCUGGACAUGGAUGGUGAUGGUCAGGUAGAUUUUGAGGAGUUUGUGACCCUCCUGGGACCGAAGCUUUCCACCUCGGGAAUCCCAGAGAAGUUCCAUGGCACUGACUUCGACACGGUCUUCUGGAAGUGCGACAUGCAGAAGCUGACCGUGGACGAGCUGAAGCGACUGCUCUACGACACCUUCUGUGAGCACCUGUCCAUGAAGGACAUCGAGAACAUCAUCAUGACAGAGGAGGAGAGCCACCUGGGCACAGCGGAGGAGUGCCCUGUGGAUGUGGAAACCUGCUCCAACCAGCAGAUCCGCCAGACGUGUGUGCGCAAGAGUCUCAUCUGCGCCUUCGCCAUCGCCUUCAUCAUCAGCGUCAUGCUCAUUGCGGCCAACCAGGUGCUGCGCAGCGGCAUGAAAUAAGAGCCACCUGGGCCCCUGGCUGGCACACGCAGUGCUGGGCCCACUCCACACCCACCGCCGCCCGCAGCCCUUCUCCCUCAGCUGGCUCUGGACCACCAUCCUGUGUACUUCAGGACCUGGACGUCUGCUGACCCCACCCCUCUCAUUCCAUGGGCCUUGCAUGGAGCCGUGGCUAGGCUGUGGAGAACCCGGUGGUGACCCUGAGGACGGCCCCCAGCCCCUACACCAUGCCCGUACCCCUGCCGAGCCUGUAUGUAGCGCUAACUCUUCCUGCUGUCCGGGGGCUCCUGGGAAAUGAGGGCCUUGAACAGGAACCCCAGGACCCAGUCACUGCUAUGCCCAGAGAGGGCAUCUGCCUACCCCAGCUCUAAUCUGAGGUCUGCCCAGAGCUGUGGGCAAGGGUGGAGGCGGUGGGGGCAGAAAGCCUCCUUCAAGGCUGGGUCUCCUGAGUCCUUUCCUCUCACCCAAACCUAGCCCUCCUCCCCGAUGUACCUGCUAGGGCCUGAGCCUGCCCAUUUCACAGGUGGGGAGCCUGAGGUUCAGAGGGACUGAUUUGGCCUCAGGUUACCCUCAGGGAUUUUCAGGAAGGGCAGAAGCUCAUGGCAGGAUGGACCUCUGAGACGGCCCUGAGGUCCUUGAACUUCUGCCCCCAGCCCGCCCUAGCAAAGGCCCAGUGGCCAAGGGUCAUAUUGCUCCCCGGCACAGAAGCUAGAGCUGUAGUCCAAUGCAGGAAGGAAACAGCCAGGGCCAGGAGGCCUCCGGUAGCCUGAGCAGGCUGUGAUCUCCCCCUGGCCAGGGCACUCCUCCUUGCAAACCUUGGGAGGGCCCUGGGUGGAGGAGCGGGCAUAGCUCACCUGUCAGUGCCAAGAGGUGUGGCCAGGCCGCUCUCCUGAACCCAGGCCCUGCCUUCUGCCCUCUCCUCCCUCCAUUUCUCUGCACCCUCAAGACCAGAGACCCGGUUCCUGUCCCUGCCCCAAAUGUGCCAUCCCAAACAGGUGGCAUCAGCUCAGCAUGGGAAGAUGCAGGGGCUGCAAAUUCUGCUAGGGGUGGAGUGGCAGAUGGCGUUCUUGCGCUCCUCUCCCCAGGCCUGGGACCGCUUAUCACCUGGGCGACGAGCGCAGCCACACUGGCACACCCUUUGCCUGGCCGGCUGAGCCUCUGCAGGUCUCUGUUGAAGAAGGGCUGGGAGCACAGAUCACCCUGGAGAUCUUGCUCAUCCCAGCCCUUCCAGUCCCCUGAAAAGGGUCGGAAGUGGAGCUGAAAACUCCAGCACAGGGAAGCACAGUCAAACCACCAUGGGAGGCUUUCUUUAUAGACAUCUGCAAGUUCUCUCGUCCAUCUUCUCGAGACAUCCCAGGAGGGAGGGUGGGUAAAGUAGAGGGUGAAGCUGCCCAGCACAGACUGGGACCAGACCCACAGUCUCAGAGGCUCUGUGGGCAUAAAGGGCAGAAGGCUCAGCCUCCCCUGUAGGAGCAGUUGUCUUUAUUGUGACAGAUGAGUGCUGACCAGGUAGGAGUUAAGCAGGGGCAAGGGGUUCAACCCCACUGGACUCUGGGCUGCAGGGGCCACCCCCCAGGUGGGGGUGCCCUCAGGGAUGGAGGCAGCUCCUGGACUGGCGGCCAGCCUAUGGGGUACUGGAAGACAGUGGCUCUGAUGGGUUCAACCCUGGAGAGGAGGAGAAAGACAGAGAAUUAGAGUGGGCGCAACUGAGGCCCAGGGUGGAGCACAGCCCAGACCCAGCUCUCCCUCCCACCACCCGGGGUAUGGGGAGGGUCAGCUGCCUGCCUGGCCCUUCUGGAAGCAGAGACUUGAGGAUACACAGACCCUUAGAGCCAGAAACCUCCUCUCCAGGAAUGGAGCCCAAGGAAACAGUGAGGUUGUAGGCAGAUAUUGAGCUACGAGAAUGGCUUUGAAAAAAGUGGAAAUAACCUUAGUGUCCACCUGUGGGGGACUGAUUAAAUACAUAUGCACAUCCAGUGGAGAAUGCUAUGCAGCCUGUGUAAAAAUUAAGGCAGACAUAUAUGCACUGAUGAGGAGAGACAUAUUAUGUGAGUAGGGAAAAAAGCAGCUUAUAAAAUAAUGUAUAUAGCAUGAUACUAUUUUUGUUUAAAGAUAUAUAACAUAUAUAAAUGCAUAAAAAAAACCUGGAAGACACAGCAAAAUGUUAACUGGUUCUAUCUGAGUGGUGCAAUUAUGGGUGGUUCUUUUUUUUUUUUUUUUUU